CUACUACAAACUUAUCUUUCUCCCACCCUUCAUCAACACUUCAUUUCACUCUCUAUAUAAUUACCCUUAUCUUGCAUUCCUUUUCUAAACGCUCCCAAAAUAUAUUCUUUACAAGUAUUCAUUCAGUCUUUUUAGAGACAAGAAUCAAUGGAGAUUCAGCAAGAGGAACACGAGUCGUGGUCGGAGACGGAGAGCACGGGGAGCCGGAGCACACGUGUGGGCUUCAGUGGGCCGCUGAGCGGCCCAUUGGUGUCCAACAACAAGAAGAAGUUGAGCGCCAGGUUCAAGGACGACGAUGAUGACUUGGUCGAGAUCACCUUGGACGUUCGCGACGACACCGUUUGCGUCCAGAACAUUCGAGGCGGAGACCCAGAGACGGCACUCCUCGCUAGCCGCCUCGAGAAGCGGCCGUCCUCGCUCGGUGUCCGCCUCAGACAGGUGUCACAGGAACUGAAACGCAUGACUUCCUCUCAGAAGUUCGACAAAGUUGAUAGGAGCAAGUCCGGUGCCGCACGUGCACUCAAAGGACUCAAGUUUAUUACCAAAAAUGUCGGAACUGAUGGUUGGUCUAAGGUUGAGAGCCGGUUCCUUGAGUUGGCUGUCGAUGGAAAGCUCCCCAAAACCCGGUUUAGCCAGUGCAUAGGUAUGAACGACUCGAGGGAGUUUGCUGGAGAGUUAUUUGAUGCAUUAGCUCGUCGUCGAGGCAUAACAUCGGCUUCCAUUACCAAGGAUGAGUUGCGUGAAUUCUGGGAACAAAUUACUGAUCAGAGCUUUGAUUCAAGGCUGCAGACCUUCUUUGACAUGGUGGACAAGAAUGCUGACGGACGAAUUACCGAAGAAGAAGUCAGAGAGAUUAUCGCUUUGAGCGCUUCCGCUAAUAAGCUUUCAAAAUUACAAGAGCGUGCGGAAGAAUAUGCAGCUCUUAUCAUGGAAGAGUUGGAUCCAGACAACCUUGGAUUCGUUGAGGUUUACAAUUUGGAAAUGCUGCUUCUGCAAGCACCAGCGCAAUCAACACACAUGAACACAGAUAGCAGGGUGCUGAGCCAAAUGCUGAGCCAGAAACUAGUCCCAACAAAAGAGCACAACCCAAUCAAGCGUGGGUUGCGGUCACUGUCCUACUUCAUCGAGGACAAUUGGAAGCGUCUCUGGAUUGUAGCUCUCUGGCUCUGCAUUUGCGCAGGCCUCUUUACUUGGAAGUUCAUCCAGUACAAGAACCGCGCAGUCUUCCACGUCAUGGGCUACUGUGUCACCACGGCCAAGGGAGCCGCCGAGACUCUCAAGUUCAACAUGGCCUUAAUCCUCUUACCUGUAUGCAGAAACACCAUCACCUGGCUCAGGAGCAGGACCAAGCUAGGCAUGGCCGUUCCCUUUGAUGACAACAUCAACUUUCACAAGGUGAUUGCUUUUGGGGUUGCGAUUGGGGUUGGGUUGCAUGCAAUUUCGCAUCUAACGUGCGAUUUCCCAAGGCUGUUACACGCGACGGACGCGGAAUAUGAGCCAAUGAAGCCAUUUUUUGGGGAGCAUAGGCCAAACAAUUAUUGGUGGUUUGUGAAGGGGACAGAGGGUUGGACAGGGAUAGUGAUUGUGGUGCUUAUGGCAAUAGCAUACACAUUGGCACAACCUUGGUUCCGAAGAAGCAGGUUGAAUCUUCCUAAACCUCUCAAGAAACUCACUGGCUUCAACGCCUUUUGGUACUCUCAUCACCUCUUCGUCAUUGUCUAUGCUCUUUUAAUCGUUCAUGGAUACUUCCUUUACCUCAGCAAGCAUUGGUAUAAGAAAACGACUUGGAUGUAUCUUGCUAUUCCCAUGCUCAUAUACGCAUGUGAGCGCCUACUUCGUGCUUUUAGAUCUGGCUACAAAAGCGUCAAGAUUUUGAAGGUUGCAGUAUACCCAGGAAAUGUCUUGGCCUUGCAUAUGUCAAAACCACAAGGGUUUAAGUACUAUAGCGGACAGUAUAUUUUCGUUAACUGUUCAGAUGUCUCCCCAUUUCAAUGGCAUCCUUUCUCUAUUACAUCAGCUCCGGGAGAUGAUUACGUAAGCGUCCAUAUUCGGACUUUGGGUGACUGGACUUCACAGCUUAAGGCGGUUUUCGCGAAGGCGUGUCAACCGGCAAGUGGGGACCAAAGUGGUCUUCUAAGAGCAGAUAUGUUACAGGGCAACAACAUACCAAGGAUGCCGAAGCUCUUGAUUGAUGGGGCAUAUGGAGCUCCAGCACAAGACUACAAGAACUACGAAGUGAUCCUUCUCGUGGGGCUAGGAAUUGGUGCAACACCAUUGAUUAGUAUACUGAAAGAUGUGUUAAACAACAUAAAGCAACAGAAAGACAUAGAAGAAGGGAUGGUGGAAAGUGGUGUUAAGAACAACAAGAGAAAACCAUUCGCCACAAACAGGGCUUAUUUCUACUGGGUGACACGUGAGCAGGGGUCGUUCGAGUGGUUCAGGGGUGUGAUGGAUGAGGUUGCAGAGAAUGACAAGGACGGAGUGAUUGAGCUUCAUAACUAUUGUACAAGUGUGUAUGAAGAAGGAGAUGCCAGAUCGGCUUUGAUCACAAUGCUUCAGUCCCUCCAACAUGCUAAGAGUGGUGUGGAUAUUGUUUCAGGGACAAGGGUCAAGACCCACUUUGCUAGGCCUAAUUGGCGUAAGGUCUUUAAGCAAGCUGCUCUCAAACACCCUAACAAAACAGUUGGUGUAUUUUACUGUGGAGCUCAUGCUUUGGUUGGAGAAUUAAAGAGGCUUUCUCUGGACUUUUCUAGGAAAACCAACACUAAGUUCGAUUUUCAUAAGGAGAAUUUUUAGAUUCUUUUAUCUCUUAGCUCUUCAUUUUUAAUUUAUUUUAUAUUUUUCUCAACUGUAAUAUAUAUAAAUAGUCAGGGCCGGGGGAGACUAAUUAGUAGUAUAUAUAAAAGGUUGCUGCAUGAACUUUUUGUUGCAGAAAUAGAUGAGCGGCUAAGCUAGCAGUGCAUUAAUUUGUGAUUCGUAUAUACAUGUAUAAAAAAAUUGUAUUCUCCUUGAUGGGAAUUAAAUUAUGACAUUGUUGUUUUCACU